GCAGAGCAGCAGAGAAACUUCAUUCUCACUUCUCAGUGGGGACCAGAGGAGUUACCGUGUGCAGGCACCGGGCACCCUCUGCCUCUGUGCGCGCGCUGAGCCGACGCAGUGUCUCCGGCACCAUGAGCGGUGUUUGCUGCCACCUUGGAUUCCUGCUCCUGGCCAAAGCGGUGCUGUGCGCUGCCGCCAUACGGUUUCAAGAUGUGCUGAGCUAUGGAAGCACUUCUGUCACAUCCUACAAGAAGCUACAAGGCUGGUCUAGUGAUCAAAAUAAAUGGAACGAAAAGCUUUAUCCUUUCUGGGAAGAAGGAGAUCCCCGAUGGAGGGACUGCUGGAAAGAUGGAAGGGUGACAGCAAAUUUGGAAACUGAUAGUCCGGCACUGGUAGGAUCCAACGUGAGCUUUAUUGUGACUCUACAGUUUCCCAAGUGCCAGAAAGAAGAUAAUGAUGGUGCCAUAAUAUACAAGAGAAACUGUACCCUGGAUCCUCCAGCUUCCCAGGAUCAGCAAGUCUAUGUCUACAACUGGACUGAAUGGAUCGACAACUGUGGCUGGGAAAACUGCACAGGCAACCACAGCCAUAACGUGUUCCCAGAUGGGAGACCUUUCCCUCAUUAUCCUGGCUGGAGGAGAAGGAACUUUGUCUACGUGUUUCACACGUUUGGUCAGUACUACGAAACAACGGGACGAUCUUCAACAAUGUUUUCAGUCAACACAGCAAAUAUCACUCUUGGUGAGCACCUGAUGGUGGUAUCCAUUUACAGGAGAGGGAGUUCAUCAUACGUUCCAGUUGCAAGAGCAAAUGCCAUUUAUGUUGUAACGGACAAAAUUCCGAUAUUGGUGAGUAUGUUCCAAAAACAUGACCGCAACAUCUCAGACUCCAUUUUUAUCAAAGACUCACCAAUCACAUUUGAUGUGAAGAUCCAUGAUCCCAGCUACUAUCUUAAUAAUUCUGCCAUCUCCUACAAGUGGUCCUUCGGAGAUGGAAGUGGCUUAUAUAUAGCCAGCAGUUCCACUACAUCUCACACCUAUACUCUGCAAGGAAACUUCACUCUGAAUUUAACUGUCCAAGCCAUUAUACCCGUACCUUGCAAGCCAGUAACACUCACUGCUCCACUGCCCACUUCAGCAGUAAUGACUGAAGCACCUUCUAAUUCUGACUCUUCUACUACUGUCGAGGCAAUCGAAGAUAAUCCUGAUGGAGGCUGCCAUAUUUACAGAUAUGGAUACUACAGAACCAGUAUCUCUGUCGUAGAGGGAAUCCUUGAGGUAAAUAUUAUUCAGAUGACAAGCAUCCAGAUGACAGAAAGUCAAGCUGAAAACUCACUAGUUGACUUUGUUGUUACCUGCCAAGGGAGUCUCCCCACAGAUGUCUGCACAGUAGUUUCUGACCCCACGUGCCAGGUGUCCAAGAGUGUGGUAUGCAACCCCAUCGUCAUCACUGAUGAAUGCUUACUCACCAUCCGGAGAGCUUUUGAGGAACCUGGAACAUACUGUAUAAACAUCACCUUGGGGGAUGACACAAGUCAAGCCCUUGCCAGUGCGCUGAUUUCCGUAAAUGGAGGAUCUUCAUCGGGAACAACAGAAGGUGUCUUUAUCUUCCUUGGUUUGUUGGCAGUGUUUGCCGCCAUUGGAGCUUUUGUCCUUUACAAGAGAUACAAGCAAUACAAGCCUAUUGAGAGAAGCGCAGGACAAGCAGAGAACCAGGAGGGACUAACUGCUUACUUCAGCCAUUUCAAAGCAAUUUUCUUCCCUAGUAGUACUGAGAGAAAUCCUCUGCUGAAAAGCAAACCAGGCAUUGUUUAAACCUUUAGUCUAACACUGACUAUUAGAUUAUGUACGGGAUUCAUAUCUGAACUGUACUUUGAUGGGGUUUUCUUGUUAUAAAAAAACAGGGGGUAAGGUGAAAGCAUGUAUAGGUGGGAUGAUAACUUUUGGGGGCUUGGUGCAAUUAGAAAUGUUAAAAUAGUCCUUCAUAGAAAACAAUGAAGUAGUUUUGAGCACUUGCUCUUCUUGCUUGUGAUCUACGAUACAUGCUUCUGAAAAACUAACACCCCCCCUUCCCUUAUCUGGGUUUUCUUACUUCUAGGUUAACUACCUGCAAAACUAAUCAGAUCCAUAAUCUGGAGGGGAAAAAAAAGUUAAUUAAAAAAAACCGAACAACUUGUAAAUACUUAGUCUUAUACAGACAGUCCAGUAUAGCUGCUUACUGUCUUAGCUGGAUUUGUGCCUUUGCUAGAAAGACAGACACGGAGGGCAGGCACAUGUUAUGCCUGUGCAAUGAAACAUGCCGUGGGCUAUUCCCAGGCAUUGGCACUGAACCACUGACACUGUUACACUGUUCAGGAGGUCCCAGCACAGCCUUGCCCCAGGCUGGCUAGCUCCCCACCAAGCAAACCCCAGAUUCUGGGAACUGCCAGAGGCGCUGUUCCCUGCUGGGAGUUUGGCAGCAGCCACCCUGUUUUUCAGGGUUCAAUAGCAUGGAUGCAGCUCAUUACAUGCCAGUUGGCCUCAUGGCCAGAAAACGGGGCUGGACACAUUUAGUUUCCUACUGGACAUGGCUACCAGCGCAUGAGUCUCACUAUAAACUAGACCACAGACACCCAAGCAACAAGAUUGAUGAGGCCCAUCUGCUUGGCUUUUCCUGUCGAAACUCUGAAUCCCAUGCAGAAUCCUCAGAUGCAAUUGCUGAUGCUGUCUUUGUCUCCUUUGUUUCCGCUGGUCUUGAGACAUUGGAUUGGCACCACCACUCCCCAGAGGGCAGAGAAGUGCUCUACGGACAAGGGUCAACAGAACGAGGGUUGUACCAGGAAGGGAUAGCGUUCGACUCCCUUUUUCCCUUCUCUUUCCAUUCCUCUCUCACUCUUGCAGUAAAGACAUUAAUUUCUGCCUGCUCCUCCAUCCCUCUGUCUUUGACCGCUUAAUCAAAUAAACAAAACCCCUGAUCUAAAUAUGCUCCAGUUUCUGCUUUUGCAUGAUGCAGCUUAGAAAGUGCAAACUUCUGCAAGAACUGACAAAAAUUGCUUUAAAUGGUACCUUUUCCGUAAGAGCCUUUCUGUUAAUAUUGAAGUUUAUAAUCAAAAUGAAAUUAACUUUCAACUGGGGGCUGGGCAAAUGACUUCAUGCAAUCCAUUUCCAACCACUGAAUUCUUUGAAGAUCUGUAUUUCAAUAUAUUUAGCUUAUUUACUGUGUCUUGGAACAUCUCUGAUACAUAUUGUUCUCAGUUCCCAAUGCGAUAUAUAGGCAUAAACAUAUUUUCCUGGUAUCUUAGCAGACCUGUCAAAUGCUCAUCAUUCACAAUCUGAAUGCAGUCUUCAAUACCAUUUCCCCACUGUGCAUGGACAUCUCCAAAUGACUUGAGGAUAUAAAAAAAAAUGCAGAUUGUGACAUACCUGUGAGAUUAAUUCUUUAGUUAUAAAAUUCGACAGCCUCUUUUCUUUUUUUGUUUCCAGGUUGUCCAACUGUUUUAACUCUCUUGUGGCCAUUUCAGUUAUACUAUUAAAAGCACCAUAUUUGCCAUUGUUCCGUCUUCCUUAUACGUAACAUCCUAUUCUCUAACCAUAACUGGGCAUCUAAAACUAUCCUCUGACUUAAACAGAAAAGACAUUUCCUGCAAAAAUUACCAUCUGAACAUUAUGUCCUCUGUUCUUAGUCAGACUGCUGACAGGAAGAGCUGUAACUUGUAUUUGUUGCUCUGGCUUGAGGCAGGACAGGAGUUUGUUUAGUCAAAAGCUGAAGAUGACCUGUAAUGCAGCAUGAAAAAAUAAGGCCUGUCACAGCUAUAAUGCUUAGGAUCAGUGGUGAUGCAGUUUACUGCUGACCUAGGUUAUAUGCUGAAAGCAUCUUGUUUCAGCAAAACACUGCAUGUUUUACUCAGCUCAGAGAUAUCUUAGGCCUUUGCAUAGAAACCAACUUUCGGGUGUAUUUGAAGAACUUUUUUUGUCCUUUAACUAAGUAUAGAGAAUAGCUUACACUAUCUUUCUUUAAGUAUCAUGUCAGAAUAUUAAAUUUUUAUAAUUUGAUUUUGCCUUUUCAGCUGUAACUUCCAUUUCAAACAUCUUUACUUUUAUACAGUGGAAUCUAACUGCAGCAUUGACAAAUAA